GAGCGCUUCUUCUUCCUUCAGCUCCAUCCGUCAAGUAACGUUUGCGUCAUGGCGUCAGUUGUUCAUUUACGUUCUUGUGGCCGUCGAAGAUUAUCCCUGAAUGCUUCCGGUAACUCAGGAUGAUUUCUGCAGUUAAGAACUCUAAUCAUGACCAGCCACUACUUACUAUUGUGCCACGGAACUGAAUGACUUCGUAGGUGUAGUGGAGGAUUCUUCACAAUGGAUGAUUUACUGGCUAGUUUUGACAGUGUCGAAGUGACUCCUCACCCAAAUACGCCUCAUGCAGAACAUCCGCGAUUUGCCUUGUACAAGGCCAAAGUUUCUGGCUCAUGUCAAGAGGAGCGAAGAAAGAGAGUUUUAGAGGCAAGAAAAGAGGCACGUUAUGAUUUAUUGACUCACCUUCGAAGUAUCGAAGAGACUGAUGUAUCUCAGGGUGAAUCUUCAGAUGAUAUGGAAUAUGACCAGGAUCGAGAGUGUUAUAGACGUCCUAAAAAGUAUAAAGACUUUCUGAUGUUAAGUGAAUGGCUUGUUGAUGUGCCAAGCAACUUUGCAAGUACUUACCUCACAGUUCCUUGUCCUGUGGGAAAAAGGUCUUUGGUAGUGUCAGCUCGGGGAAGGACACGAAGUUACACAAAAUCUGGAUACCAGGUGAACCAGUUUCCAUCCCUGCUCCCUGGAGGUAGUCGUCGAAAUAACAACAUGGGCUAUGCUCUCCUAGACUGCAUAUGGUCCGAAGUCAACAAGACCUUUUAUGUGAUUGAUGUAAUGUGCUGGCUCAAUCAGCCUGUGAUAGAAUGUGAUACCUUCUUUAGAUUUGAAUGGUUGAAGUCAAGAAUAGAAGAAGAAGCAGUAGGUAUAGGUGAAAUAUCCAAGUAUAAUCCAAUGAGAUUUGAAAGACUUCCUUAUUAUGAGUCAUCGCCUGAAAGUUUAUCAAAGUUAUUUGGGGAAGGAAGUCAGUUGCCUUUCCCCGUGGAGUUAGAUGGAAUUUUGUUUUACAAUCGUGAAACUCACUACACACAUGGACCAACUCCAUUAGUUGGAUGGCUGAAAGCAUAUAUGCUCCCUGAAAUUUUAGGAGUACCUGUGGCUGAGAAGUAUGCAAAGGAGCGUCCAGCAAAGUACAUUAAUUUGCCAACGCAUAUUGAGUAUGCAAAAGAGCUAAAGAAGGAUAAGAAAGAAAAGAUGGAUGUGACUCCUGGGAAAGAUAAGAGACCAAAGAGUAGCCCCGCAUCUGAAAAUGCUGAAGAGGAAAUGGAAUCUGCCACCAGUUAGAGGAUUUAGAUUAAAUCUUAGUCAACUUUGCUUUGUUUGUUAGUAGGUACAUAUACUUUAUUGUUGAUAUAAAUUAGUAAUACUGUAUAUAGUAAACACUUGAUGUGUAUAAAAAAAUUCAUGUUGGUCAUUCCUGUUUAGCACAUUUAAUGUGGUUUAUUAUGUUAUAUUACUCAUUUUAUGUUAUAUAAACUAUGGUUUUAUGUCAUCCUUGCUCCCAGUUGCAUUAGUAGGCUAAUACCUAUUAGAUUCUACUAGAUAACCUAAUGUAGUAUUAGUAACCUUGAGCUUACAUCAUGAUGUGAAGGCGGUACUUGAAAGCAAUAUAGAAUACUUGCUUCUAUAAAAUCUAUGGGUUUUGAUCACUAGUGUUGCACGGUUAACAUCUAGCAUUGGUUGGUAAAAGUAUAUGGUAAAGUAGCUACUUAGAUUUUGUAAGCCUGAUGGUCCACUGUUUAUAUAAGUUCAGUUUUUGCUUAUCUUAUCUAUAACUCAUUAUCUUCAGUAAAUAGCAGGCUUUGUGGAAUAAUAUAGGCUGUAACAAAUGAAAACAGAUCAAACCUAUUUUUGGGUUAUGAUGUUGUCCUCUUUCAAACUGUUCUCAUGUUUGACCCAUGGAUAUUUGUACAUCAACAACAAAUAAUAAUGACUAGGGAUA